GAACUGUUAGUUAACAGACAGACGAGCCAGAGAGCGUAACGCAGAAACAAACAAAUAUAUUAUUAAAUGCAAUAAAUAACUGGCAAUCAACACAUAAAAAUCAAAAAUAGCUGUCAAGUAAUUCACCUGCUCUUGGCGACUUAACUCACUGAAUUGUGAUCAGAGAGGCAGCUGGCGAAAAUGGAUAUUACGGUGCAUGAUAAUGGCUACCAGAACAGCACCUAUUGCCAGUCGGGGAAUCGCACCACGCUUUUCAUUAGCGCCUACAAUGGCAUACCGGAGACUUUGAUAUUGAACACGAUCUUCUGGGUGCUCCUCAUUCUGUUGUUCACGACGCUGCGGCAUCAGGCGAGCGACUAUCGCCUGGCUUUGGUCAAUGCCAAUGGCACUAAGAAACGGUGGACGGAAAUAUUUUAUUCACGUGCCGCGAGCGUUGUAGAGCCGCAGCCGAGCACCUCCAAUCCAACGCCCAGGCCCAGUGCAACGUCACAGCAGAGCGACUCGACGCCUCUUUCGCCCAUCCAAACGGAACCGGGUCUCUUUAAUUGGAUUCGUGUGACUUUUAAGCUGCGCAAGGAAACAAUUUUGCUGCACUCCGGACCGGAUGCAGUUCAUUAUUUGUCCUUUCAGCAGCACAUGAUGGCUGUCAUGGCCGUGGUCACUGUCAUUUCAUUAGCUAUUAUAUUGCCGAUUAACUUUUUGAAUGGGCCCCAGGAUGAGUUGUACGAUGUGAAUGCAUUUGGACGCACCACAAUGGCCAAUCUGCAACCGGAUUCGCCCUGGCUGUGGGUGCACACUAUCAUAACCAUUCUAUAUAUACCGCUAGUGGUGCUUAUCAUGCGCCGCUCCUCAGGACGGAAUGCCUUCAAAAAGGCUGCCACGCGUACCAUCAUGAUAUCCAAUAUAUCGAACAGUGAUCGGAACAAGACGGUUAUACGCAACUAUAUGCAGGAACUGUUUCCCGAUGUGACCAUCGAGAGCGUCAGCAUUGCCUACAACAUUUCACGUCUGUUUGUGCGGAAUGCGGAGUUUGAGAGGGCACAUGAAGCGCGUGUUUAUUGCGAACAUCAUCGGGACCGGGACACGUUGAUGGCCAAGCCAGAAAUGUGCUCGUGCAAGAAGGAGAACGCCUUUGAGUAUUAUCAACGGGAAGAGCGUAAACUCUCUGGUGACGUUGCACGUUUGCGUGCCUCAACAUUGAAUGAGCCAUUGGAUAUUGCGUUCUUGACCGUAUCGACGGUGCAGGAGGCACAGAAUAUUGUAAAUCAUUUCACGCCCGGCACAUAUAGGCAAUGGCACAUCGUGUUCGCCCCGUCACCGGAUGAUAUCUUCUGGGAGAAUCUGAAUGUGAACAAGAGCCAUUGGUAUUUGAAAUUCGUCUGUGUUAACGUUGUGCUCUUUAUUGUCUUGUUCUUCCUAACAACGCCGGCCAUGGUGGUCAACCUGCUAAAUAGUCGUCCGUGGGUCUUGGAUACGGAGAGCAAAAUCUCACCACUUGUGUCUGAGUUUUUGCCCACAUUGAUGCUGUGGACGCUGUCGGCACUGAUGCCCGUUAUUGUCUCCAUAUCGGAUAAAUGGAUGGGUCACUAUACGCGAUCCAAGCAAAACUAUUCGAUAAUGUGCAAAUGCUUUGGCUACCUGCUGCUGAUGAUUCUGAUCUUGCCCUCAUUGGGCUUGACGUCGGCUCAGGCUCUAUUGGAAUGGGGCCUGACGAACGACACGGGACGCUGGCAGUGCAUCUUCUUGCCGGACCGAGGCUCAUUCUAUGUCAAUUAUAUUAUAACCGCUGCCUUUAUUGGUACCUCAUUGGAGCUGUUGCGUUUCCCGGAGCUUAUUGUCUACAUUUGGGCAUUAUUGAAAGCAACCUCAAAAGCGGAGACGCCCUAUAUACGUAAAUCAAUAUUGAUCGAGUUCCCGUUUGGCACACACUACGCCUGGACAACGCUCGUCUUUACCAUAUCGAUAGUGUACAGCAUAUUUUGCCCAUUGAUCAUGCCAUUUGCCAUGAUCUAUAUAUGUCUAAAGCAUAUGGUGGAUCGGUAUAAUCUGUACUUUGCCUAUGGACCAUCCAAUAUGAUAUCACGGAAAGGAGGCAAAAUUCAUUCCACAGCGGUGACCAUGACCAAGUUUUCGGUCCUCAUAUUGGUUUUGGUUAUGGCCAUGAUAUGCUAUUUCCGCGGCGAUGACGGCAUGGCUAGAUUUCUGAUACUCAUCAUAACGCUAGCUAUAACCGUAACCCUGUUCAUCUUUAUGUCGCCGAUCAAACGUUGUGCGGCCACGCGUCGUCCAAGUAUUGUGGAAAUCGCCGGUCCCGCACCCGCCUACAUACCUGAUGUGCUCCGAACUAGCACGCAGAUCAGUACCAGGCCCUCGGUAGUCGGUUUUCCUGGAUAUGGCUCGGACAACGUCUCUGACUACGAUAGCUCCCAGUACAGUGUCAAUAGCGUAGAGGCGUAAAGCGAUGCUAGUUUCUUUUACUUUUUUCUUGGCUGAAACGAGACUCGCUCGACAAGUAAUUAAAAUGUUGACAUAUUUUUGUAUAAGGAUUUUAUAAGCCGUUGAUAACUUUUUCAGAAAUAUAUGGACUUUGCUUGCAAAAAUCGAAAAUGAUCAGAAAAUGUGAUAGAAAUUAGCCUAGCCUCGUGAUUUGCGUCUGAGUUCGGUUGAAAACGCGUUUUCAAAACACGUGCCCCGCUGAGCCCUUCUAUUAAAAUUAUUUUAUUUUUUUUUGUAUAUAAGCAUACACAUAUAACUAAUAUAUACACAU